AAGUGACUGCACCGGUGUAUCCACUGUACCACAUAAUCGUCUAAUCUUUAACCCCUCCUCUCCUCAUUCUGACGCUGCACAGUUAGUAGCUCCUCUCUGCUCUCAGGUUCUAUCCCUAUCUCUCUCUUUCACUCUCUCUCUCAGGCUGAUGCUAUCAAGCUCUUAAGAAUGGCUUCCUCAAUUACCUCAUCUUUGCAAACCAGCAAUUUGCGGUCUGCCUUUUUGGGCGAGAGAAAUGGAUUCUCUGUUUGUAGUGUUUCUGUAACUCAGGUUGGGUUUUUGAAAAAGACUAUAGAAUGUAAGGAAUCCCGAAUUGGAAAGCAACCUAUUGAAGUGCCAUCCAAUGUGUCAAUCAAAUUGGAAGGUCAGGCUUUGGAAGUAAAGGGACCAUUGGGGCAACUUUCGAUGACUUACCCACGAGAAGUGCUGGUUCAAAAGGAGGAUUCUGGGAUUUUAAGGGUCAGAAAGGCAUUAGAGACUAGAAGGGCCAAUCAAAUGCAUGGGCUUUUCAGGACACUGACGGACAAUAUGGUGGUGGGAGUGUCAAAAGGAUUUGAGAAGAGGCUGCAACUAGUUGGCGUCGGUUAUCGAGCAACCCUAGAAGGGAGGAUCUUGGUAUUAAGUCUUGGGUUUUCCCAUCCAGUUAGGAUGGAUAUUCCUGAUGGCAUACAGGUGAAGGUGGAAGAGAAUACCAGAGUCAUUGUCAGUGGAUAUGACAAGAGCGCUAUCGGCCAGUUUGCUGCUUCAAUCAGGAAAUGGAGACCCCCAGAACCAUACAAAGGCAAGGGUGUGAAAUAUGCGGAUGAAAUUAUAAGAAGAAAGGAGGGAAAAGCAGGAAAGAAGAAGUAAUACCCUUACAUUGUUUCAUUUUUGUAUUCUCACAUUUGUGCUUGUCAAAUAUGCGUCAGAAUUCUCGAAUGUACUGACAUACUGUAAGCAAUUUAUCGUUAGUUCGUGUUUAAUUUUUCCA